AUGGCUGACAAGUACGCCGCCGCCCACGAGAGACCGCUCGGCCCAGGAGACCAACGUCCAACUGCGCUACAGGUGAUCAAAGAUGAAGGCCUCGAAGGAAAGCUUGAGGGCAAGGUAGUCCUGAUCACCGGAUGCUCUGCAGGUCUCGGCGUGGAGACUGCACGCGCCAUGCUCGCUACGGGCGCCACUCUCUACCUCACAGCCCGCAACCUCCCCCGGGCACGAGAGGCCCUGGGUACAAUCUAG